AUGAGUAAAGAUAAUUUUCAUAAUUGCGAUUCUUCAUGUUCCUCGUCGGACUCGGAUGAGUCGUGGUAUAGAAAGCAGAUAAAAAGAGUACAUAAUAUUAUGAUAAUGAUAUCGAAAAUCGGGGCCGCCGUGGAACAGGAAGAGGACACAGGGCUGGAUCGCCUCGUAAAAGAGCGAGACUCGAACUCGGGUGAUGCCGACGAUGAAGCAAGUGACGCAGAUGUAGCCCAGAAAAGGCCAUGUAGAACUCGCGGGGUCCGAACAAAAGCAAUAAGGCGUCGGAAAAAACCGAUGAACAGGCAGAAAGGCAGGAAAGAAAAAAAAUAA